CUCCUGAAUCCGACUGUUUUUCCUGUGCCUGUACAGUGGCAUCCGUAUGCGCGUUAUUGACACCUCACAAGUCGACUCAAGAUGAAAUGCCGUAUUUCACGCGACGAGACGACCCCACUCAUGACCUGCAAGAGGAACGAUCAAGAGGCGGCCACGCUGCGCAACAUCGAGGUGCACUCGCUGCGUUACAUGGGAAUCUUCAAGGCAGCAGUAACGGCAGACACAGCAUUUGCCGACGACCCGCUAUUUGACUACAUCGAAGAUCGUCCAUAUCCAAAGUCUUCCAGGAGAAGAUGUUAUACCCGGCUCGGAUGGUAUGCCGCGAAAGUGCAUAGCGCAUCUGCGAUGACAGUAAACAACGGAGAUGCAGUACUGACGUUCCAGCUUCCUAGACGGGAAGCUCGACCAAUAGAGCGUACUCUGUAUAGGCUGUCUAAACUCCUUUGCAGAGGACUGUCGCGAGAGCAACAAGCACGGUUUCAGGAGUGGAGGCAAAAGCAGGCUCAGGCCAUCCGAGCCGCCUUCGGCGAGAGAGAACAAGACAUGUUUCGAGUGGAUGGUUUAGCCACACGACCUGAGAAACGACACAGAGGCUAUGGAAGCGCCCUCAUGGCAGCUGCGAACGUCAGAGCAGACGAACUCGGAUUGGCCUCAUGGCUAUCGACGUCCAACAUCAAGAACACGGCCUUCUACGAACACUUCGGCUUUGCCACGGUGCACGAGUAUAUGGUGGGGGAGGCCAACCCGAAUUGGGCCAGGCCACCAGUUGUUGUGAAGAUUAUGGUCAGAGAAUCACAGCCUGCGCUAGCAACAUCCCUGGACUACCUCAUGUCAUGGUGAACCACUAUUGUGUAUCUGGUAUCCCAUAUACCAGCCCGUCCGACGCAGCUGCAUACAACACUUUGAAUUCAUGUUUGUCAGCC